AUGGAGUUCAAGGAUGAUGCUCCCGCUGCACUCUUCGAGUAUCACAGACGACCAUCACUCGCUAGCUUUCUGUGGUCUCUCUGGCUGAAGAUGCCUGUUCAACUACGGAGUCUCGCUUACCAAGCCCUGCAACGCUUUGGCAGCGCCACAUCAUCGCCUUUCGUUAUGAGACUGCCCUUCCGGCUCGUCAUGAAGACGCGCAGUAUCAGGGUCGUGGAAGCACUUUCCACUCAACUUGUUGGCACCCAGACGACGAUACCAGUUCCAACCAUCUUGGACGUUAUCCACACCCCGUCUCAAGACGGUACCGGGGUGUGUGUGCUAAUGACUGAGCUUCCUGGAAGAUCUAUGCUUGCUCUUGCCCGAGAAGGCAUCGACCUGACCGCAUUGUCCAACGAGCAGGCAUCGACGCUCUCGGAUACCCUCCACGAGUGGCUACUACAGCUUCGAGCUCUUGCCCCACCUUCCAAUGAGAUGGUCUCCGGGAUCGCGUCAACGUCGUUCGUCAGCUACAGGCUAUCUCAUAGCCAUAGUGUCGGACCUUUCCGCACGAUGCAGGCGUUUCAUGAACAGACUUGCCUACGCGUUAGGCGUGCCGAUGGCCCCGAGGCCCACAUAUUGGGGGCUGCGCGAGAUCAAAAGGCUUAUCGCCUCUGUUUUACCCACGGUGAUCUCACGCCGGGCAAUAUCCUGGUUAACUCAGAUUACCGCCCGGUGGGUCUCGUUGAUUGGGAGUGUGCUGCCUGGCUUCCGGAGUAUUGGGAAAUUGUAUCCUCUGUUGCUCAGUGCCCGCGUUCUACCGAAUGGCGCAACAUGUUUCGCAGUUUGUUUCCCAUGUACGAUAAUGAGCUGGCAUUGGAUCGGAUGCUUUGGAAGUACUCGAACUUCUAG